ACUUUGACAAAAAUGAUAUAACCACUACAGAACCUGGAGCCAACACAGAUGGAUCCAUAAGUGUCACCACAGGAUGUGUUUUAUCUGCUACUGAUCUAACAGUCACAUGGUAUAAAAUUGAGAAUAGUUUAGAAACAGACUAUACUUCAGAUCGACCAAGCCCAGUUUAUUCUACUGCAAGAUCAACAUGCACACGGAAUUGUCAUACUGAGGAAGAUAAAAAGGUCACAAGUGGAUUCACACAUACGGAAUAUACAGGUUCAGAUUAUGUAGAAGUUGAGUACAAGGUUACUAUUUCCCACAGUUCAUACUCAGGCAGCAUGGACCAAUUUACAUGGACCUCGGCGAAAUACAGACUUAAAGCUUCUUCAACGUUUACUACACCUUCAACUUCAGCAUCUUCCACCACUAGUACAGUACCUACUAGUACCUCUACAACACCUACAUCUACUACUUCAACUUCAGUUUCUAAAUCCACAACUACAACACACACAACUACUUCAGCUAUCAGCACAAUGUCAUCCACAAGUUCAACAACAAAAGCUAAAUCUGAAACCACAACACGUUCAGCUGAUAGCUCUAGCAGUGAAACUGUAGUGAUAAUUGUUGCAUCUGUUGUUGGAGGAUUGUUUUUUGUGGGGAUAGUGAUUGCAAUUAUUAUGAUGCUGCUCUCACAACAGAAGAGGAGGAAGCAUGUUUCAAAAGGAAUCCACACACAUGUAGAGAAUAAAAAUACCUGGCAAUAUCAGAGAUCAAAGUCUCCAAGCUCACUAGGACAUCUUAAUCAUGGUUACACAUUUAAUGGGAAGUCUUCAGGACAUCGAUUCAGACAGAACCCACACUUUGUCAGACAACCUAACAGACCUGUAACUGAUCAAUAUCAGCCUUGGAAUGGAAACUGCAGGCAAAAUCGAUAUAUUUACCCUGGUCUAUCAGGCGGAAAACAGUACAGGAGUGGAUAUGUUGUUCAAGAUAGGAGAGUAAAUAAAGCACCUAAUGAUUAUAAUGCAGGCAAUUUAAGGCAACAAUAUUACAGCCAUCCACAUAACCCACAAAGAUCUUAUGCUAGGAAUCCUAAUAGGGAAACAUUGCAAACAGAAGAUCAAAACUAUGUUGCAGCUGAUUAUUCUAUUUAUUGGUGAAUAUUAUAUAUUCAGGAUAACAUUAAUUUUGCUGCAACCUGGUACAAUAAUAACCUCACUUGGAUUUGAGUAUUUUAGGUAGAUUUGUUUAACUGUUUGUUUGAAUAUUUAACAUAAAGUAUGCCUUAGAAUAUAACAGUUUUCCCCAUUUUCAAUAAAAACCUCUUGUUAAGGGAUGGAACUAUUUUGGCAAUUGCAUCAAUCAUUUAUACAUGAUAUUGUUUUUGCCCUGUCCGUCCGUCCGUCCAUCCGUACAUCACACUUCAUUUCCGAGCAAUUACUGGAGAACCAUUUGACCUAGAACCUUCAAACGUUAUAGGGUUGUAGGGCUGCUGGAGUAGACGACCCCUAUUGUUUUUGGGGUCACUCUGUCAAAGGUCAAGGUCACAGGGGCCUGAAGGUCAUGAAGAGUAGAUGACCCCUAUUGAUUUUGGGGUCACUCCGUCAAAGGUCAAGGUCACAGGGGCCUGAACAUUGAAAACCAUUUCCGAUCAAUAACUAGAGAACCACUUGACCCAGAAUGUUGAAACUUUAGGAUGAUUGGUCAUGAAGAGUAGAAGACCCCUAAUGAUUUUUGGGUCACUCCGUCAAAGGUCAAGGUCACAGGGGCCUGAACAUUGAAAACCAUUUCCGAUCAAUAACUAGAGAACCACUUGACCCAGAAUGUUGAAACUUCAUAGGAUGAUUGGUCAUGUAGAGUAGAUGACCCCUAUUGUUUUUGGGAUAACUCUGUCAAAGGUCAAGGUCACAGGGGCCUGAACAUUGAAAACCAUUUCCAAUCAAUAACUUUAGUACCACUUGACCCAGAAUGUUGAAACUUCAUAGGAUGAUUGUACAUGCAAAGUAGAUGACCCCUAUUGAUUUUGGAUUCUGUUAAAGGUCAAGGUCACAGGGGCCUGAACAUUGAAAACUAUUUCCGGUCAGUAACUUGAGAACCACUCGACCCAGAAUGUUGAAACUUCAUAGGAUGAUUGUUUAUGCAGAAUAAAUGACCCCUAUUGUUUUUGGGGUCACUCCGUUAAAGGUCAUGGUCACAGGGGCCUGAACAUUGAUAACCAUUUCCGAUCAAUAACUUCAGAACCUCUUGAUCCAGAAUGUUGAAACUUCAUAGGAUGAUUGAACAUGCAGAGUAGAUGACCCCUAUCGAUUUUGGGGUCACUCUGUUAAAGGUCAAGGUCACAGGAGCCUGAACAUGGAAAACAAUUUCCGAUCAAUAGCUUGAGAACCACUUGACCCAGAAUGUUGAAACUUCGUAAGAUGAUUGAACAUGCAGAGUAGAUGACUCCUAUUGAUUUUGGGGUCAGUCUAUUAAAGGGCCUGGUCAUGUAGAAUCAUUUCUGGAAAAUAACUUGAGAACCACUUGACCUAGAAUGUUGAAACUUAAUAGGAUGAUUGGACAUGCAGAGUAGAUGACCCCUAUUUAUUUUGAGGUCACUUGAUCAAAGGUCAAGGUCACAGGAGCCUGAACAGUGACUUGAGAACCACUAGGCCAAUAGUGUUGAAAUUUAGCAGGAUGACUGGACAUGCCAAGUAGAUGAUCCCUAUUGCAGUCAGCCAUCAGUGUCUCUUUGACUUUCGCUCCUGACCCCUAUUGACUUCUUGCCUGUAGGACUUUGCAUUGGGGGAGACAUGUGCUUUUUUACAAAAGCAAUUUCUAGUUAUUAUCUGUUUUUAUGUCCCCAGCAUCUACUGAUGCAGGAGGUAUAUAGUGAUUGGCCUGUCCAUUUGCUCGUCCAUCCAUCCAUACAAGGUUAACCAAAUGGGACCGUGUCUAGCAUCAAUACCCCAUACUAGAAUGACUUGAUACUAAUGCAGAUGUAACCUGUGACCAUCUUCAGACCUGACCUCAGUUUGACCUUGACCUUGAACUUGACUUGUUUUGGACUUUGAUUGCUUUGUAUCGACAAGGAUGCAACAGGGGGCAUCAAGCGUUUAUUGAAUGCAGCUCCUUGUUUAGUUCAUUACAGUAGAAUGAAUUAAGCAGUAGAAACCAACCAGUAAAUGUAAUACUAUUUAUCCAAAGUGUGAACUACACACCUUAUUUUUUUAUACUGCAUGGACACUUUUCAUCGGCAUUUUGGCACUUUCAGAAAAAGAAAUUGUUCUCUUUCUCAUUUGGACCAAUUUACGUUAUCGCAAAUUUCUAUGAUAUGAUAUGUUCAUACAUAUUUCAUGUGUUUAUAAGUAUAUUAGUAAGAAAAACGAGUUUUUCUGCAUUGGCCAGCAUAAUAAUAGUAGAUUCUUGGUAGUCUAAACUGUUCUAUAAAAUCAGCUCUGUUCUUGUAUGUUGAUUUUACUCAGUUUUAAAGAUAAUGUGAUUCUGUUUUAAUGUUAUGAGUUAUAUAAUGAUAUGAGGUUCUGAAAUUCUAGGAAUUUGGUUAUUUUUUUUUUAUGUAUAAAUGUAUAUUAUAACUUGACACAAAGUUUAAAAAAAACAAAAAAAACGUUUGUUUGUGCAGUAACUGCUCUUUAUUUUCAAGGUUAAGAAUGAGAAAAGAUUUUUAAGAAACUCCUUUGAUAUACAUGUUAAACAUUUAUUCAUUCAUUCUGUCAAUGGAAAAUCCUGAAUAACGAAAAUGCCAAUUUUUUCCUUUGUCGAAUAAUGUUCAGCAUUUUCCUGCGCACAUUCUCUCCAAAUCUGGGGUCAAUUAGCCAAUGGGAAAGGGGUGAAACAUGAAGAAAUAAAAAAUACAGAAUAACAAGAUAGAUAGAAAAUGCCAAAUGAAUUCACAGAUUUGAAAAAAGCUGAAUAGUGAAUUUUAACAUUUCCUUAAGUUACAAGGGUCUUUUCAAUAGUCAAGCAUGUAGCACAUCCAAAUACCAUUCAGCAUUGCUAGUAUGGAUGUUCUGUGGUGUUUACUUCUGCGGUAAUUGAUCUGAAAAAAUUCUUUAUUCGGUACUUCAUGUUUGAUUUGGAAAAGGCAGGAAACACUAAAAAUUAGCUUUUUUGCCUCUCCUGAAAACCAGUUUAUAUUUUUCGGGAAUGAUUGAUAGACACCGUCGAUAUCGAGAGCUAUCCUACUCAUGUCGGUGUCUUUCCGCAUCCCCACCUUGGUUAAAAUUUUUUUUAUAUUUUCUCUUUUUAGCUCACCUGAUCACUCGAUGUCCGGCGUCUGUUGUCUGUUGUCAUUUAGCUUGUGUAUGCGAUAGAGGCUGUAUUUUUCGACUGAUCUUCAUGAAAUUUUGUCAGAAUGAUCACCUUGAAGAAAUCUAGGCCGAGUUUGAAAAUGGGUCUUCCGGGGUCAAAAACUAAGUCACUAGGUCAAAUCAAGGAAAAACCUUGUGUAUGCGAUAGAGGCUGUAUUUUUCAAUUGAUCUUCAUGAAUAUUGGUCAGAAUGAUUACCUUGAUGAAAUCUAGGCCGAGUUCGAUGAAAUCUAGGCAGAGUUAGAAAACAGGUCAUCUGGGGUCAAAAACUAGGUCACCAGGUCAAAUCAAGGAUAAACCUUGUGUAUGCGAUAGAGGCUGUAUUUUUCAACAGAUCUUUGGGGUCAAAAACUAGGUCACUAGGUCAAAUUAAGGAAAAACCUUGUGUAUGCGAUAGAGGCUGUAUUUUUCAAUUGGUCUUCUUGAGUAUUGGUCAGAAUGAUAACCUUGAUGAAAUCUAGGCAGAGUUUGAAAAUGGGUCAUCUAGGGACAAAAACUAGGUCACUAGGUCAAAUCAAGGAAAAACCUUGUGUAUGCGAUAGAGGCUGUAUUUUUCAAUUGAUGUUCAUGAAUAUUGGUCAGAAUGAUUACCUUGAUGAAAUCUAGGCAGAUUUUGAAAAUGGGUCAUCCGGGGUCAAAAACUAGGUCACUAGGUCAAAUCAAGGAAAAACCUUGUGUAUGCUAUAAAGGCUGUAUUUUUAUGCCCCCGAAGGGAGGCAUAUAGUUUUUGAACCGUCUGUCAGUCUGUCGGUCUGUCAGUCUGUCCGCAAUUUUCGUGUCCGGUCCGUAUCUUUGUCAUCGAUGGAUGGAUUUUCAAAUAACUUGGCAUGAAUGUGUACCACAGUAAGACGACGUGUGGCGCGCAAGACCCAGGUCCGUAGCUCAAAGGUCAAGGUCACACUUAGACGUUAAAGGAUAGUGCAUUGAUGGGUGUGUCCGGUCCAUAUCUUUGUCAUCGAUGGAUGGAUUUUCAAAUAACUUGGCUUGAAUGUGUACCACAGUAAGACGACGUGUCGCGCGCAAGACCCAGGUCCGUAGCUCAAAGGUCAAGGUCACACUUAGACGUUAAAGGAUAGUGCAUUGAUGGGUGUGUCCGGUCCAUAUCUUUGUCAUCCAUGGAUGGAUUUUCAAAUAACUUGGCAUGAAUGUGUACCACAGUAAGACGACGUGUCGCGCGCAAGACCCAGGUCCGUAGUUCAAAGGUCAAGGUCACACUUAGACGUUAAAAGAUAGUGCAUUGAUGGGCGUGUCCGGUCCAUAUCUUUGUCAUCGAUGGAUGGAUUUUGAAAUAACUUGGCAUGAAUGUGUACCACAGUAAGACGACGUGUCGCGCGCAAAAUCCAGGUCCGUAGCUCAAAGGUCCUAAACUCUAACAUCGGCCAUAACUAUUCAUUCAAAGUGCCAUCGGGGGCAUGUGUCAUCCUAUGGAGACAGCUCUUGUUCAAUAGAUCUUCAUGAAUAUUGGUCAGAAUGAUUAUUUUGAUCAAAUCUAGGCCAAGUUCGAAAAUGGGUCUAGGGUCAAAAACUACGUCACUAGGUCAAAUCAAGGAAAAACCUUGUGUAUGCGAUAGAGGCUGUAGUUUUCAAUAAUUAUUGAUCUUCAUGAAUAAUGGUCAGAAUAAUGGUCAAAAUGAUAACCUUGAUGAAAUCUAGGCCGAGUUUGAAAAUGAGUCAUCUGGGGUCAAAAACUAGGUCACUAGGUCAAAUCAAAGAAAAACCUUGUGUAUGCGAUAGAGGCUGUAUUUUUCAAUUGAUCUUCAUGAAUAUUGGUCAGAAUGAUAACCUUGAUGAAAUCUAGGCUGCGAAAAUGGGUCAUCUGGGGUCAAAAACUAGUUCACUAGGUCAUAUCUAAGAAAAUACUUGUUUAAACUCAAGAGACCACAUUUUUAGUCCAAUCUGAAUGAAAAUUGACCAAAAUGUUUGUUUUCAUGAAAUCACUAGGUUAAACAUGUUUACACUGUUAUAGUGUGUUUCUCAGGUGAACGACUUAUUGGCCCUCUUGUUUAUCCUCAUCACUGUAAUUUCCUGAUGGAUUUGCUAUAGUUAUUCAUCCUCAACACCCACAUCAUAUGGCACAAGGGUCAUAACUCUCACAUCAAUAUUCCAUGAAUUAUCCACCUUUUUACUUAGAAUUUCAGGCUGAAAGUUUUGAUGCACUUUCUCUCUUUCUCAGUUAUUCCUAAAAUAAUGGAUUUUUUCUGAGUCAGUCAUGAGAGGGGAAACAAACAAUAUUUUAUUUUAAGUCUUAGAUUGCAUCUUUAAAACAUUUACUUUACAAAAAGGGGCUGUGAUUGAACAAACAAUAUGUAGAUACCAGAUGUCCAUCUCUGGCAAAGCAUUUCAAAAAUAAAAGUCACAUGUUAACAGUAUAUGAAUAGCCUUAUUGAUGCACAAUUUUUCUACUGUUAAUAUAUGCGCAGAUCAAGUGGAAAAAGUAGUUUUUAUGAAAGAAUCAUGAUUAAACCUUGAUUGUGAAACAUGCUCCAAGAAUUUGAAAAAAAUACUUGCAUUAUCUUAAUGCCUGGUGUCUGGUGUAAUUUCAGGGUCUGCAACCACCAGCUCUACCAACACAUACACCAGCUCCACCAACACCACAUCCACCAGCUCCUACAACAUCAACAGCUACAAACCUACAACUACUGCUAAAACUACAUGUGAUAAUACUUGUAUUAUUAUUAUAGGAGUAUGUCUAUUUGUUAUACUUCUUGCCUUAUUCUUUGCCUGCUACUUGCUUAGACGUAGGAGAAAUAAUAAAAAGAAAAAAGACAACUCUAAAGUAAACAAUUCAAAUCAAUCCUAUGAUAAUGACAUGAACCGUUCAGACAUUGUUAUGACUUUUGAUACAAGUGGUGGAAACUCUGGUUAUGGAGAAAAUAAUAGAGUUUGAGAGUGCAAGAAAACGAAGGCUUGUUAAUGUUGUAAGAAAAACAUUCAAUAUUGCCUUAUAUGAAAUUGCCACAGUAUAAUAAGAAGGUAUCUCUGCUGAACAGAAUAAAUAUAUAAUACACUUAUUGCUACUUGUUGAUCAUUAAAUGAAAUUCUAAAAAGGA